AUGGUAGUGGAUGGAAAUGCCAUCAGGAAGCUCCGAGGCAUUCCAGUACAUGCAGAGCCACCAAGUUAUGUCCUCAUACACAAACACGGGAAUUUUGUCUUCAUGAAGGUGGAUGUAGAACCAAGCCAGUCCUUCAAUGCGCCGUACCACAAACCAUGGGUGCUGGUAACACAGGACGGAGACGUCGAAACUGCAGGCUGGAAUAACACAGUAUCAAGUGACUUCAGAUCUCACAAUGCUACAGGGCCUGACAUCGCUGCCAUCGUGGCCCCCACCGUCACGUUGGGCCUCCUGGCCGUGGCGGCGGCCGUGGCAGCCUGGCUACUGUGCGUGGUGAAGAAGAAGCGGCAAACGGAAGGCGCGUACCGGCCGAGCGCCGAGGAGCAGCGCGGCACUCAGGGCAUGGCCACCACCGAUGUGCUCAAGCUCCCCAAGGAGGAAAGACUUAUUUGA